AUGAGCAGUGACGACGAAAAAUAAAUGAAAAAGGCUGCAAAUAAGUCAGCUAAGGGAGCAAAAAAGGAAGAACCUCCUAAAAAAUAAGAAGCCCCAAAGAAGGGAAAAAAGAAGCAUGAUGAGAGCGAUGAUGAAGAAGUUCAAGUUCCCUAAUAGUAAUAAAUUUCUGAUGACGAAGAUGAUAAUAAAAAAGGAAAAAAGGCUGCCAAGAAUACCAAAAAGGAAGAAGCUCCUAAAAAAGAUGCAGCUAAGAAAGGAAAGAAGAAAAAUGAUGAUGAUAGUGAAGAUGAAAAUGCUAAACAUAAAGCUCCUUCAGAUAAUGAAGAUGAUGAAGAAGACAAUAAAAAAGGUAAAAAAGCUCCUAAGGGUGCAAAGAAGGAAGAACCUUAAAAAAAGGUUGAACCAAAGAAGGCAUCGAAAAAGAAAUAAGAUGAUAGCGAUGAAGAAGAUGAACCUAAAUAAUAAGUUAAAUAAUAAGAUGAUAAUGAUGAUGAAGAAGAUAACAAAAAGGGAAAAAAAUCUUCUAAGGUUGCUACCAAAAAAGAGGAUCCUCCUAAAAAAGUAGAAACCAAGAAAGGAGGCAAGAAAAAGCAUGAUGAUAGUGAUGAUGAAGAUGUUUAGCCAGCCCAUAAAGUUGCUUCUGAUGAUGAAGAUGAAGAAGAUAACAAAAAGGGCAAGAAAUCAGCUAAAAGCGCUCCUAAAAAGGAAGAGCUUUCUAAAAAGGUAGAACCCAAAAAAGCUUCUAAAAAGAAACAUGAUGAAAGUGAAGAUGAACAAGAAAAUAAGCAACCAGCUAAACAUGAUUCAGAUGACGAAGAUGAUGAUGACAAUAAGAAAGGAAAGAAAGCUGCUAAGGGAGCUGCCAAAAAGGAAGAACCUAUUAAAAAGGUUGAUCAUAAAAAGGGAGGUAAAAAGAAACAUGGCGAGAGCGAUGAUGAAGAAGAGCCUGUCAAAAAAGUAGAACCCAAAAAAGGUGGUAAAAAGAAACACGGUGAUAGCGAUGAUGAAGAGGAAGCUAAGCCAACACAUUCUAAGCAAGCUUAAUCUGAUGAUGAAGAUGAAGGAGAUGCUAAAAAGGGAAAAAAAACAUAAAAAAAGGAAGAACCUGUUAAGAAGGUAGAUACUCAUAAGAAAGCUAAUAAAAAGAAAUAAGAUGAUAGUGAUGACGAAGAUAAAUAAUAGAGUGAUAAAGAAGAAGAAAGCUCAAAGCCUAAAGGAUAAAAUAAGAAAGCUCCCUUUUAACCAUAUGCCAAAAAGAAUGAAGCUCCUAAAAAAGGAGCUCCUAAGAAAAAAUAAGAGGAUGAUGAAGAAAAUGAAGAUGGAUAGGGAGGAGAUGAUGACUUUUAGGUUGCUUAACAUUCUUCUAAAAAGGCUAACGAAAAGGCCAAGAAAGAGUUGAUUUAACAAAAGAAGUUAUUGUAAGCUACAGGAAAGAGUUAACCUCAAUAGGCUGCUAAAAAACCUUCUAAUAAUUAAUUUGCAGCUGCUGCAAGUUCAGAGGAAAGUGAAGAAGAAUCUGAAGAAGAGGAAGUCAAGCCUUCAAAGCAAUCUAAGAAGCAAGAACCUCAAAAGAAGGCUGCUUAAAAGAAAUAAGACGAUAAGAAAAAUAUGUUUGCUUUCUCAGGUAGUGAAGAAGAAGAGUCUGAAGAAGAAUCAGAAGAAGAUGAAAUAGAUGAAGAAGAACUUGAAAAAGAAAGAUUGAGAAAGGAAGAAGAGGAAAGAAAGAAGAAAGAAGAAAUGGAAAGAAAAAGAAAGGAGGAAGAAGAAAGGAAAAAGGCUGCAGCUGAAAAGAAAAGACUUCAAUAGGAGGCAAAGAAAAAGCAAGAAGAAGAUGAACUUGCUGCUUUGCUUGCAGCUGUUAAUUCCAACAAAAAGUAAGAAUCAAAACCUAAGGAAGAAGCUGCUACUGCUGAAGGUUAAUAAGAACAAGAAGGUGAAGAUUAAGAAGGUGGUGAAAAGAAGCUUUCUAAAGCAUAGCAAAAGAAGCUUAAGGAAAAAUAAAAGAAAGAAGCUCUUGCUACAGGUUAAGCUACUGAAGCUACUGAAGCUCCCACUGCUACCUCAGCUGCUAAUGAUAAGAAAAAGAAGGCUCCUGCUUUAAGCAAAGCUGCACAAGCUGCUCUUGAAAAGUAAGCUAAAUUGCAAAAAGAAAAGGAAGAAAAGGAAAGACUCGAAGCUGAACAAAAAAGAAUCGAAGAAGAAGAAAGAAAAAGAGAGGAAGAAGAAAAGAAGAGAAUUGAAGAAGAGAAAAAGAAAUUGAAAGAGUAAAAGAAAAAAUUGAAAAAGGAAGGUUUGAUCAAGACCAAGGAAUAAUUAGAAAAAGAAGAAGCUGAUAGAAUCAAAAAAGAAGCUUUACUUAAAUCUUUGGGUGUGAGUGUUCCAAAAGUAGAAGAAUUAAAGUAAGUCAUUUAAUCUGAAAUAAAGCCAGCUGCUCCCAAGAAGAAGAAGGUUGAAAAAGAUCCUUUCGGAUUUGUAAUCAAAAAAGAAGAAAAAGUCGAAGAAAAGGUUGAGGAAAAGGUUUUAUAAUUUGAAGGUGAUGAUUGGGAAGCUAUGAUGGAACCUGCAGUUUCAGAACCUCAAAAAUAAGAUUCUGAAUAGAAGUAAGAACAAUUAACUUUGGCAGAAAAGGAUUCAACACAAUCUAACAACACUGACUAGACUGAUGACUCCAAAAACAUUGAUAGAAAAAAACUCUCAAAGAAGGAGCUUGCCGAAUUAGAAAAGGCUGAAAAAGAAGCUAAGAAAGCUGCCAGAGAUGAAAAAAUUUUACAAGGAUAAAAGAAAGCAAAGAAGUUAGAAGAGAAGAAGCCUGAAGAAAAGAAGGAAAUUCUCAGAUCUCCUAUUGUUUGUAUCUUGGGUCACGUUGAUACUGGUAAAACUACUCUCCUUGAUAAACUCCGUCGUACUAAUGUCUAAGGUGGUGAAGCUGGUGGUAUUACUUAAUAAAUCGGUGCUACAUAUUUCCCUGGCCCAAACAUCGCUGUUGAAAUCGAAAAAUGUAAUGAACAUUAUCCUGUUGAUCUCAAGGCUCCUGGUUUGCUUGUUAUUGAUACUCCUGGUCACGAAAGUUUCUCCAAUCUCAGAACUAGAGGUUCAUCACUUUGUGAUUUCGCUAUUUUGGUUAUUGAUCUUAUGCACGGUCUUGAACAAUAAACUUUGGAAUCUCUCAAUCUAUUGAGAAUGAGAAAGACUCCUUUCGUCAUUGCUUUGAACAAAAUCGAUAGAACCUACAAUUGGAAAACAGACGAAUUUGCUUCUUCUUACGUUAGCUUGAAAAAUCAAUCUAAAGAAAACUAAAAUGAUUUUAAUCAUCGUUAUCAACAAAUUAUCACUCAAUUAGCUGAAAACUCCUUCAACGCAGCUUUGUAUUGGGAUAAUCCUGAUCCUAAAACUUAUUUCCCUAUUGUACCCACAUCUGGUGUUACUGGUGAAGGUAUUCCUGAUCUCUUAUCAGUUAUCAUCAAGUACACAAGUAUGUAUAUGAAAUCAAGAAUGGUUGUCAAGGAAGAUGCCUUCAACUGUACAGUUAUGGAAGUCAAGAAGAUUGAUGGUUUGGGUGUAACAAUUGAUGCUAUUCUUGUUGAUGGUACAAUCAGAUAGGAUGAUAAAAUAGUACUUUUAGGUUUUAAUGGGCCAAUAAAAACGAAAAUUAGAGCACUGUUGACUCCACAUCCCAUGAAAGAAAUGAGAGUCAAAGGUGAAUACGAACACCACGAUUUUAUUCAUGCUUCUAUGGGUAUUAAAAUCUCUGCUCCUGAUCUUGAAGAAGCUGUUGCUGGUUCUCAAUUAUAUUUGGCUAACACUGAAGAUGAAGAACAAACAGCUAUUGAUUUAGUUAUGAGUGAUUACGAUUAAGUUAAAAAGAAAGUCAAGCUUGUAAAUAUGGGUGUUGGUGUUGCAGCCUCUACUUUGGGUUCAUUAGAAGCCUUGUUAAACUUCUUGGAAAAGGAAAAGAUUCCAGUUUCAUAUGUAUCAGUUGGUCCUGUAUCAAAGGAUGACAUUACAAAAGCACUUAAGUCUGUCUUAGCAGAUGAUCCAAGCAAAAGAAAGAAGGAGUAUGCUUGUAUGCUUGUUUUCGACGUUAAAGUUCUUCCUGAUGCCUAGAAAUACGCCGAAGAAAAUGGUGUUAAAAUCUUUACUGCUAAUAUUAUUUAUCAUUUGUAAGACCACUAUGUUAAAUUCGUUAAGGAAUGUGAAGAAGAGAGAAAGAAGGAAGAAGGUAAACUUGCUGUUUUCCCAUGUCUUAUUAAGCCAUUACAAUUCUUCAACAAAGCUGAACCUAUUAUUAUGGGUGUUGAUAUCGAAAGAGGUACAUUGAAACCUGGUACAUAAGUUUGUCUCUUCAAUAACACAAAGUUGAAAAUUGGUGUUGUCGAAUCUAUUGAAGUUAAUAAAAAAUCCAUUCCUUUUGCCAAGAAGGAAACAGGUAGUGUAGCUAUCAGAAUUGGAGGUACUGGUAACAUUUUAGCAGGAAGACAUUUCACAGAAAAAGACUAUUUAGUAUCUAUGAUAAACAGAAGAUCAAUCGAUGCAUUAAAGGAGCAUUAUAGAGAUGAAGUAACUAAAGACGAAUGGCUCUUUAUUAAGGAAAAGCUUAAGCCUUUCUUCAAUAUUCUUUGA